AUGACGACUUUUUUCGCUGGUGAGACCUCUGUCGAUCUGGCCGGCUCUUCAAAGGGCAAAGUCAGCAGUAGUCAGCAGUCAGCACCAAUGCGUUUCGGGGCACCACCUCUUGUCUUGUCCGCCAAUAUGUGCUUAGCUCCGUCUUGGAUGAGGCCAUCACAAGCUAAAGGGUGGUGUUGCUUGGUCGGAACUGGAUUCGUGUGUUCCACUGGUCCCAUUCCCAUGCCAUUCCCAUACGAGUCGGACGCUAAAUCUCUCAACGGAGCCGGAGCCGGCGACACGGCCGCAGGAGGAAGGUCGCAUAUUGGUGGGCUUUGUCAAAAUGGAAUGGAGAUGAGAUAUGACAUCCCAGCGAGAUCCCACAGAGCUUAUUUCGCCAUCCUGGCCAUGUGCAUGUCCGGCACAACGCAGCCUCUUGGGUUUGUCCCCCUCUUGGCAAUCAUGAAGUUUGCCCACUUGACGGGCCGCUUAACAGAGAUCGCCGAGCCGUGA